CCGGGAGGCCGAGGAGGAGCCGUCCGGCCCGGCAGAGCGCCGUGGACAUGAGCAGCCCAGAUGCUGGAUACGCCAGCAGCGACGACCAGACUCCAGAACCGCGCUCGCUCCCUCCGCUCCUGAUGCAGUGCCCGUGGGCGGCAGAGUCGCUCAGCCCCCUGGCAGACGGCAAGGGCAAAGGCGACGCAGCUGCCGACCCAGCGCAGCACGGCACCACCGGCCGCUCCAAAGGCGAAGCCCGCAUCCGCCGCCCCAUGAACGCCUUCAUGGUGUGGGCCAAGGACGAGCGCAAGCGACUGGCACAGCAGAACCCGGAUCUGCACAACGCCGAACUGAGCAAGAUGCUGGGCCAGUCGUGGCGGGCGCUGUCGCUGGUGGAGAAGCGGCCCUUCGUGGAUGAAGCGGAGCGGCUGCGCCUGCAGCACAUGCGCGACCACCCCAACUACAAGUAUCGGCCGCGGCGCAGGAAGCAGGUGAAGCGCCUCAAGCGCGGCGAGGCCGACGGCGGCUUUCUCCCGCCGCCCCACCAGCAGCAGCAGCACCACCCCCACCCCCACCAACUGGGGCUGCCCGUCGAGCCCGGGAGCGGCGGCUGCGAGGGCCUGGGCCUGCCCUACCCGGAGCAGGCCGCUUUCCCCGGCGGCGGGGGCUUCCACUACCGGGACUGCGCGCCUCUGCCGCUGCCCGCCUUCGGGGCGCCCUUCGGCGGCUACAACCUGCCCACCCCGGAGCCGGAGUCGCAGGGCGGCGCAUGCGCAGAGCCCGCCUUCUUCCCGCCAGCCGAGGACGGCGCCUGCCUGCUGGGCCCCUACGGCUACCCGACGCCCCCCGGGGCCGAGUACUCCCCCUGCAACAGCGCCCCCAGCGGCGGCGGCGCCGGCCUCUUCCGCACCCGCUUCCCGGCCCCUCUGGCCGCCGCCGCCUUCUCGGCCCCCUCGCCCGCCCAGGACUCCGCGCAGCAGCCCCCACCGCCCCCCUGCAGACGCGGGGAGGCCGCCGGCGGCCUGGAGCACCUCCCCCCGCCCGACGUGGAGCUGCUGGGCGAUGUGGACCGCGCCGAGUUCGAGCAGUACUUGCCCUUCGGCUGCCGCCCGGCGGAGCUGGCCCUCGCCUACCCGGGCCACGAGGCCGCUGAGGCCGGCCCUGCUGCUGCUGCUGCCGCCGCCUACUACUGCGCAGCCGCCGGCGGGGGAGGAGCCUACCCGGAGCUGUGAGGCUCUGGCGGACCUAGGGAGGGACGGCGGGCCCCAAGUUGGGCUCUCUUCUAUUUAUUGUAAUUUAUUGACUGAUCGCUGGCCUGGCUGGCGGAGGACCUGGGAGGAAGGGGUGGGGGGCGGUGGAGGUGCCACUUUUCUGCAACCCCGCGACUGAAGGAAGAGUGAUUUUUUUCCGCGUAAGGAACUAGGGGGCAAAGCCCUCUCCAGUGUUGGGGGGGGGGUGGUGGUGUUGAACUGCAGUCGCCUGACAGCUUUGAAGUGCGAGCGACUGUUUCGAACCUCUUGCUUUUAUACAAGUGUGACUUUUUUUCUUGUUGCCGGGGAGGGGGUGUUGAACCGAAUGAUUUCGGACUUCUUGACGUCAUUGCCCCAGCAAAGUUGGAAGGAACUCACCAAUAAAACUCAGGUGAUUGUGUAGAUGAUUCGAUGUGUCCCAGUUCGCAUGAUUUCGUGCGUUUGAGAAAGUGCCUUGUGAAAAUACAUUCUGAAAUCCUAAGGACAAAACGGGAUAUUCUUCCGUAUUGAUUGUAGCUAGCCAUAUUGGUUCAAGGGAAUUUUUUUAAUGUUAUACCUUUUUACUACGACCAAUAAAAUAAAAUAUUGUACUCUU